GGCUCGUUUGUGUCGAUGAGAUAAACUGUUUAGAGAGUUUGAAGUCCCGGUUAUGUGUUAGAAGAGCAAGUUUCCUUUCAUCUGAUGCCUGGGAGUUAGACAGUUGUUCCUAGUGGGAUCUCUAGGAGCUUAUGUAUAGGCUUCCUGUCCACUACAACGGCAAUUAGCUUCUGCAGUUGUUACUUCCAAAACCGGUGUUGGGACUUAGAGGAGCGGCGCUGUGGGUGGCCAGCUUACAACCCCCCAAUAUUGAUUCCCGGUCCCCAGUACCAAGCUCUGCAGUCACCAGUAGCAGAUGAACUAGUGAAGGAUACGAUGGACUGGUCCAAUCUAUACAGCGAGAGUCCCAGAAUUAUCCUCAGCAUCACCGUGGGUGUGGGCUGUCUGCUCUAUUACUUCAUCGAGGUAGUCAAGCGCCCUGUCCUGGCCUGCAGAAACAGUGCCUGGCGAGGAUUCUUGGAGACCCACCUGACAAUCCUGCAGGAGAAGUACUGGCCCACACCCUGGUGUUAUGAAUCCCGAUGCCAAACUAUCCUCGCUUCUGUCCUCCGCUCAAGAAUGCCCGAUAUAACGUACAUAAGGGAGCUACUGGAGAUGAAGGACGGAGGGCAGAUAUGUUUGGACUGGCUUCAUGGGGCGGGAGAGGCUGAUAAACCUAUCGUCAUCAUCCUACCUGGCCUGACUGGGUCUUCACAGAGUGAGUAUGUCAAGAGCCUUGUCCUCGCUGUGCAGGAGGUUGGGGCCCGCUGUGCUGUCUUCAACAACCGGGGCCUAGGAGGCAUUAAGCUCAAGACUGCCAGGACAUAUUGUGCAGCCAACAGUGAUGAUCUGGAAGAAGCCAUUGAACACAUCAAGGCCAAGUACCCCAAAGCUCCACUCAUAGCUUCUGGCAUAUCUCUAGGAGGCAUGAUCCUGGGCAAUUACCUGGUGACACGAGGCGAGCAGGCUGCUCAGCACCUGGUAGCGGCUAUGCUGCUCUCUGUCCCCUGGAACGUAUUCGUGGGCACAAAGAGUGUAGAGAAGCCACCCUGGAAUCUUCUGCUUAAUCGCCACCUAGCUUAUUGCCUGUGUGAAUCCGUCAAGAGCAUGAGGAAGCAGCUGGAGGGAAAUUGCAAUUGGGACCUUGACCAUGUUAUGCAGAGCAAAACUAUUAGAGAAUUUGAUUCAAGAUUUACAGCUGUUCAAUUUGGGUUCAGAGAUGUAGAAGAGUACUACAGAACAGCUAGCCUGCAUGAUAAACUUGACAACAUCAAGGUGCCUCUUAUGUGUCUCUCUGCUGCUGAUGAUCCAUUCCAGCCAUUGGAAGGAAUCCCAGUUGAAGAAGCCAACAAAUCUAGUCACGUUGCCAUUGUUGUGACUGCACGUGGUGGGCACAUUGGCUUCAUGGAAGGGAUCUUCCCAACCAACAAGUACUACAGUGACCGUAUUUACAAGCAACUAGUCAGAGGGAUUUUCUCCAACUUGGGUGAUAUGAAAGAGGUCAAAAGGGAGGCUGCUGAUUAUGUAAAGAUGAUGGCUCACAGCUGUGAGGGAGGUGGAUCAUAGGACCAGAGAAUAUUUAUAUUGAUUAAUUAUUUAUGGAUGAAGUGCUGUUAUUGAAAAGAUCUUGUUGAAUUUACUUGUAUAUUUUUGUUUUAUUGUUAAAGGUUAAUAUGAUUAAGUAAAUCAUGCUAGUGUUUACAAGUUAACAAUCCUAAAAGUCUAUCUUUUAUAUUGAGCUACUGUACUGGAAUACAUAAAGGAUCAUAUCACACAAUUCCUCUCUCAAUCCAUUAAGCAUUCAUCAUACUUUAUGGAUAGGGAGUGGGAGUCUGCUCCAUGUAUAAUAUUUGUUUGGGGGAGAUAUGGGAAAAGAGGCAACACCGUAAGUAUCCAAACGAGAGUAUACUCAUACACACACACACGCAUGCACGUACGUGUACGGCAUGCACAAUGCUUGCUCAGAGCUCUAGUGCUCAAUCCUGCAGGUACAAAUAUGCGAGUACAAUUACACUCUUGUACACAUGCACUCGCAUUUAUUCCUCCCUAACGCCCCUAUUUCCUCUUUAUUUUCUCUAUUACAAUCUGCUAUAUGCACACACACUUACAUUAUGAAAUUUUUAAAUGGCUAAAAAAUGUUAAUAGGGAAAACAGGAUUUACAGGCAAUAUAUUGUUCAGGACCCUCCCCCUCCUCCCCUUAAUGUUAUCCUAACAUGCACCUGAUGUUGGUCAUUAGUCCAUGCACAGUAUCAAUAUACAGUAUAUAUAUAUAUAUAAAAUUCACUACAAGAUUUAUGCGCAAGAAAGUAAAAAAAAGAGGCAAGCUUGGUAUUAAUUGGCAUGCAGAAAGUUGACUAUACUGGUCUUGUAAAUAAAAUCUCUUGUGGUCUAAGGCAAAGAUAGCACAACCAAAUUAUGAAUCAAGAUUAAAGAUACUGUACUGUAUAGAAAAGCAGAACAUUUUCUUCACAUUUUGUAUAAUUUAUAUUGUUGUAUAAAUCUUUCAACGUGUAUCACAUUAAUUUAAAACAAAAAUGUUCUCGAUUUGCAAGUUUACUGACAGUCUCCAUAAGAGAAGACUGUAACUAAAUACUGUAGUAUGUAUUUGCAUUGUGCGAGGAUUAGGAGGGCGCACGAGGCAAACCUCCUGACUGAAGCGGUGCAAUCUUGAUAACAUGACUAAUUCUAGGCAAAGACAAUUUUAUGCAGUGAAAGUAUCAUUAUUGUUAAUUACUCAUGUCCUUGACCAUUUUACCUGUAAAAUGCAAAUAGGCCAAUAUUGUUUACAAAUUUUAUAUUCUAAGUUUUCUAGUACAGUACAAAUUUCACCCGAGUUAUACUUGCCUGUUCUUUUUUCACCUAGGGAACCAGAAAUACAAGACUUAAAAGUGCAGUACUGUAAUUAAGACAAUAUUUGCCAAGUUCGUGUCAAUUGUAUAAAAAAUUCCUGCAUUACAAAUUUUGAUUUAUGUUCAGCUAAACUUUCAUGACAAUGUGCAGGCAGAGAAUGGUAGUUCACAAAAGUGCUCAUAUAAUAAGUAGACUUGACAUUUCAUUGCAGAACUAAAUGUACUGGUAGUACAGUAUACAAAUUACCCAAAAUCUUUUUAAGCAUCUUGUGGAUAAAAUGUCUAUUUUAUUUUUAGUUUGUAAUAAAUUACAAGGAUUUCAUAGUUAAUGAAGAAGUACAGCAAAGAAUUUAAACUAUGAGCAACUGGCUCUGUGGCUGCAUUUUUUCCAUAUUAACAUUAGCAUGAUCAGAGGUUUUACAGUUUUAUCCAGUGUCAUGUAUUAAAGAUGUAUACAGUAGUUUAAAUUAUUUUAUUAUAUAAAUGAGAAAAUUUGCUAUUUAUGUGUUCUACAAAAUUCUUGUAAAUGUUAGUUUAUAGGGAUGAAGUCUAUAUUAAUAAUCAAAAGGGAAGCAUUUUGAUCGAAAUUAAUUCAUCAUUUCCAGUUCUUGAUGGCAUACAGCCAGGCUUGGGCAUUUAAAAUUUAAUGUAAAAUAUCAGUCUUUGCAUAAAGAUACCUGAUGUGCACAGUUAUGCAUCAGUCAUACAGAUCCUUAAUUCUUGUGUAUGUAUUACAAGGGAAAUGUAGCAUUAGGAAAUGUUACCGUGUGUUAAGUCAGUGUUGUUAGUCUCCGCACUGGACGUGAGACUUGUCAUAACUAUAGUACGGGUAUAGCAUACUUUAUUUUCCAUUUACUAUCUUUUGUAAUCUUAAAAUUUUAUUGGAAAUUCCUGUAUAGGAAACACUAAGCAGCAAUAAGCUGAUUUUUAAUAUUCAGUGUGCAAGGGUGGGUUUGUAUUCUCUGUAUUUGCAAUAAGUUAAAUGGCUUUUCCUUAAACAUUUUCAUUACCAUUCAUGCACUCUUACUCUGUUCUGUUUAUUAAUAAGUAGAUGUAUAUCAACACAUUAAUUAGCUUCUUAGUCAUUUUUCCCUUAUCAAACUUUUGUACAGUUUCCCAGAACAGUAUUUUCAUGGGUGGGUUACUGAGUGAACAGCCUCAUCCUUGGCUGGGGGACCUUGGUAAACCCAACAGGCUUCGUAUCCCAGACAAUGGGAACUAAACGUGCAAUGGCAUUACAAUAUUUGUACACUUUUGAACAUUUCCCGGAACAUUUGAAUGGAAGACUAAGUACUUUCCUUUAUCAAAUGGGUAAUUAUCUAAAAAUUGUAUUGCUUUUACUUUGUAAGGAUGUAUAUAUAUAUUUUCAAAUGAUUGCAAAUUAAUUCACAGCUUGGUUAAAAUGCUGAGUAUACUUGGGUGAGGCUGUAUAAAAACUAUAAAUUAUAAUUGAACAUGGCAAAUAUAGGCAUGUGCUCAAUGCUUCAUCACAUGUACUCUAUAAACAAAAAUGUUUGAAAAAUGUGGGGUUUGAAUUAGGUAAAAAUUGUUUAAUGAAAGUACACGUUAGUUACAGAGGGAAUCUGUUAAAAUUAGGUACAAAGUACAUCUUGUAGAAAGAUGUUUAAUUAUAGAAAAGUUGCAUCCUGAAGAAUUUUAUCAUGCCUUUUUUAAUUUUUAUCAAGCUUUUUUUUUUUUUUAUCAUGCAAGCUAAUGUAUCUUUUCUUUCUUUUCCAUUUUAAAUUAUAAUUUUUGUUUUAGGAACUCUUGAUUAUAUUAUGACACAGAUGGUGUUAAAUAAGUUUUCCUAGCUUGAUUCCUUUUUUUUUUAAUUACUUGCUUGGUUUUGUUUGAAAUUGUGUGUUUUGCGACAUCUUGUCGGUUGCUGAAAUAAGUUAAGUUUGUUACAUGCAUACAGUACAUACUGUAUAUUACUGUGUGCCUGCAAACAUUUUUGGGAUCAUAGCAUCUAUAUAUUUCAUUCCAAAUGUAAUAUACAACUAUACAUUUUUAUAAUGCAUGUUGUUGCUGCUCAUCACUGCCAACUUCAUCACACGUGUAACUUCACCAGUCAUGCACUGCUGUGCUAUAGUCGUUCUCCUGUGACCCCACACCCACACCAUCCACAACACAUCUUUGUCUUGUGUGUGCUAGAACAAAGUGAUGUUACCUUGUUCACCUGCAGUUUGAACUUUUGGCCUUUCAUCUUUUCAAGAGGAAACAUGUCGGAACAAAAGGGCCAUCCUUGUUUAAUUUGAAUAUAGAAUGAAGUAUCAAAAUAACCAUUGUACAUUUAAUUUUUAUCUUGCUCUUGUAUUGUAAAGUUCAUUUGCCUAUCAGCCAUCCACAGCAUUAUUGCCAGCAUAUUGUACAAAAAGUAAUUUUAUUUUGCCAGUGUGAUGGUGCAAAUUCUAAAUGAUGCUUCAGUAUAUGGUGUGGAAAAUAAAUGAUUGUGCAUCUUCUUUAUCUUAAUGUUGCUUAAUAUACAGUAUUGCUAUAUUCUGGGCUGAUGCCUCCUGAUUGAGUUAUAGCCAAAUAGCAAAUAAUGUCCUCAAAUCUAAAACAGCAGUUGCAGUUUUGUCUUUAGUAGGCCUAUAUUGUCAGGUACAGUAAAUGGCAAAGUCCAAUGCACCUCAAUGCAAAUAGUAUUAAGUUUAAACAAGAAACUGAACCUGCUACUUUUUUGUGAAAUCUUGUUAACUUUUGUUUAUAAAAGAUGCAAUUGAA